AUGGAACAAUUCAAAGUGAUUGCAGUUAUCGCCUGCUUCACAAUAUCGUUGUUACUACUGCUGCUUUUUCGAGGCCGGGUGUUGCAAUCCCCAGAUCGCCUGCAAGUCAAGUCUCUUCACAUCCACCCUGUUAAAGGCAUUCGAGGAUGUACGGUAGACAAAGCGAAGAUCGGCCCGUAUGGUUUGGAGGGUGAUAGGACAUUCUGCCUGCAGAAGGUCACCCGCUCUCCAACAUCAGACGAGCUCAAAUUUGAGACCAUGUACAUUGGGUACUAUCUGCGGCUGGCGCUGUUUUCGACGUUUCUCGAGGACCCCGGCGAUGACAAGACCACGACCAGGAACGUGGUAGUGACCUGGACCGGUGACUCCCACGAUGAAUCAACCGAGGCAUCGGAGACGAACUCCAAGGAUCAGAUUCGCUUUCCACUGCAGCCGGAUUUGCAAGGCCUUCAGCAAAUACAGGUUGAGCUUCACGGGAGUCCGACACUGGCAUACGACAUGGGCGAAAAGUUCACCGAAUUCUUUUCGAGAUAUCUUGAUUGCGAAGUCCGCCUGGUCUACAUCGGUCAGAACUCUCGAACGGUCCUUGGCUCCAUCGCCCCACACAGCAAAGCCGCGCUUUCAAAAUCACCAUUCGUCUCACGAGUGCUUGCGCAACUGCCGUUUAUUGGGCGACGUGAGGAACGGAUCGUCUUCAAUGACAUCGCGCAGUAUCUGGUGGUCACGCAGGAAUCGAACGACCAGGUCUCAGCCCGUCUAGCUGAGGGCUACAAGAUGGACGUGACCAAGUUUCGGCCAAACGUCGUCGUGUGUGGAAGUCCAAAACCAUUUGCUGAGGACUACUGGGCCGAGUUGACCUUUGCUGGAGGCAUGCGAAUGUCCUUGACUGCCAACUGCUACCGGUGUCAGAGCAUCACGGUCGACUAUGCGACUGGGAAGACACAUGAAGAUGAGCGAGGUCAGGUAUGGAAGAAGCUCAACAAAGACCGCAGAAUAGAUAAAGGAGCCAAGUACAGCCCUGUUUUUGGCAGGUAUGGUUUCUGCCGGGAUAUCGAUCAUGGUCGAGAGAUAUGCGUGGGCCAAGAUGUUUUUGUGACGAAGAAGAAUACGACUUAUACAGUCUUUGAUUGGCCAGGUCUUACCAGCUUUGGGACAAAGUAG